AUGGAGUUUAACAGCUCGACUAACUGCACUAUGUUGGAUAAUGAGAAAUAUGAUGGUCUAGUAGUUGUUCAGAUUAUUUUCUCUACUGUCUCUUGUGUCCUAUUAUUGUGUAUGAUAGGACUGAUAGUGCUCUUUAAAGAGUACCAGUUCUUCAGCCAGAGGCUCAUUCUCUAUGUGGCUGUUUGCAGUUUAAUUUACAGUCUCAUCAAUUCAAUCAAUUUCUUUGGAAGAGAAGCACAAAAUGCAAGUUCAGCCUUAGAAGAUUUGUGCAUGGCAGUGGGUUUUUUCAACCAGGCUUCAUUCUGCUGGGAGCUCAUGUCUGUCACUAUAAUCAUGAUUGACAUAUUCAUUAAGAUUGUCUUCAAAAGACAAACAGAGAAAUUUGAGCUGUUUUACGUUAUAUUAAUCAUAUUUGUUCCACUUUCUUUUUCAUGGAUACCUUUUAUUUAUAAGGCAUAUGGACCUGCAGGAACUUUCUGUUGGAUACGAGAGCGCACUUUUAAUAACGAAACAUAUUGCCCUCUUUUUUGGCAUGGGAUCUACUUAAGAUUUUUUCUCUACUAUGGCCCACUCUACAUUCUUUUUUUUGCCUUGUUCAUACUGAUUCUGUCUACUUGGUGCAUCAUCAGAAAGAGACACAAGCAAUGGAGAAACAGUCAAUUAGAUUACCAGUUGGUACAUUUAGAGCAAAUUUUGGAAAAAGAGGUUCGCUCCCUCUUUGCUUACCCAGUUAUAUUCAUAGUGGUAAAUAUAAUACCAUUUGCUCAUAGGGUAUAUGGGAUAUAUAGUACCAGUGAUAUCACCUAUUUUGUUCUAUCACUGAUUACUGUCAUACUGUUUAGUACUCAAGGGAGUAUUAUAAUGAUCGCUUUUUUAAGCUAUCCAGAGACAAGAAAGAAAAUGAAGUGGAUUGAAAUAAAGGCAGCUUUUCGAAGAUGGCGUGGAAAAGAAGAUGCUGCAAUCAGAGAGUAUCUAGUGGGCGAAUCUACAGAAAGAGCUGAUUCAAUAUUACCGACAAAUACUGAAUACACUAAGAUAGUGUAG